UUCUGAAAUGCAUUUGCUCAGCCCCGUUACAAAACCAUCCAAACCAGAGGAAAUCUUGUCUCCUGAGCUCAGGAACUCAAGCUGCCUGUGUAUAAGGCUCAUUCACCACAGAUUGGGAUGCGCCGAUACUUCAUUGAUCUUUUGACUGUUCUCAGCAACCAUUGCAAUCUCUGCCCUGUGGCCCGGCAUCUUGCUAUCUAUUUACUGGACCUCUUUAUGGAUCGCUAUGAUAUCACUGUCAAGCAACUGCACAUCGUUUCAUUUGCCUGUCUUCUCCUUGCAAGUAAAUUUGAAGAAAAAGAAGAUAAAGUUCCAAAGUUGGAGCAAUUAAAUAACCUGGCAUACGUGUGCAGUGUGAAUGUGGUAUUGAACAAGAAAGACUUGCUUAGAAUGGAAAUGCUGCUUUUGGAAAAUUUCAACUGGAACCUCUAUCUACCAACACCUGCACACUACAUUGACUACUACCUCCAUGUGUCCAUCGGCGAGAAUGACCUUCACAAUGGCUGGCCAAUCACCUCACUGACCAAAAUCAAAGAUUUUCUGGAGAAAUAUGCAUAUUAUUUCCUUGAUUUCUCAGUGCAAGAUCACACUUUCCUCCAUUUUCGUCCAUCUCUGAUUGCUGCAGCUUGUGUAUGUGCCUCACGUAUCUGUAUGCAGAUUUCUCCUGCCUGGACAACACAGCUUGAAUUGCUAACGUGUUAUUCCUGGGAACAUCUUGCCCAAUGCAUUGAAAUGAUGCUCAUAUAUUAUGAGAAUGACAUUAAAGAAGCCAGUAACAUAAAAAAGCAAGUAACAAUCCAAUAUCAAGAACAGGAAGCAGUGGGGAAUCUGAGCCAUCAAGCCACUACUCAAGUUCUCUUCCAGCAAUCCAGUUAUCACCCUUUAGCCCAGCAUUCAGCUGCGCUUUCCCAGUUCCAGUCGCCAGUGCAAGAUUUGUGCUCUGCUUACCGUGACUCCUUGCAGGCCCCCAGGCCCAGCAGUGUGCUCGCUGAGCGCGCUGGCAGCCCGCUGCGCUCCUACACAGCAAUUCAGGGCAGCCUUCGGCCACCUGCCCACACGCUGCCCAUCCAAACGCCCGUUGCCGUGCAGGUGGCAUUGGGAACAGAGCCCAGACACUGCAUUUCCGUGGCUUAUGGCAGUAGUUACUUCAGUGGUCAUCACUCGUAUGCAGCUGGGUGUUUUGACGGGUAAAUAAAUAUGGAGAAAAGGGUGAUGCGAAGAAGAGCUGAAGAAGAUAGCUUGUGAGUGUUACAAGAUGUCCAUCUGAAUGAAACCAUGAAGGAACAGAAUUCUUACGACUCAUUCAGAGGAUGUUGAUCUGGAUCUACUGAUCACUGGAACCUCGGUGCCUUUCUGCCAAGGGUUUUACCCUUGGCUCUUAAUGAGAGAGAAAUAGAAAUUAAUAAAUAUACCUCAGUCAGUGUCAGUUUCAGGCAUCUGCGUAGAAACCGUGUGGAGAUUAUUUCCUCCCAGUCUUCACUUAGUGACUUGUCAGAGUUGGCUGAAAGCUUGCGUUGAAGAGUUAUUGGCUGGAGUGUUUGAAUUUCUGGCAAAGCAGCAAUGUACCUAGGGGAUGAUGUUGGAAAACACGGAGUGCUCUCCUUCUCUCCCAGUGAUGUGUGACUUGAACAGUGUUGGCUUAUACUACUGGAACCUUCUAUUAAAAUAUACUGAAAUUGGUAUCAGUUAAAUAUGAACUUCUUUUAUGCAGAAAUCUGUGUAGAACACUUAAUUUUCUUUGAGCAGAAGUGAUAGUUCAGGAGUAAGACUUUAGAAUAAAAGGAAAAAAAAAGGAAAACAGACCAGAAGACUAUCAAAUUAUUUUUGACUUAAAAUUCUCUUGGAAUCUAAGUGUGGUGCUGCUGAGUGGAACAUCACUCUGCCUUCAAAUAUUUUAGAAAUAAAACCAAAACCUUAAAUCAUCUCUUCGAUCUUUAAUGUGCUGCUGCUUUUGAGACUGGAGAUUAUAUUUAGUAAGUUUGUUCAUGAGCUUUAUCAGGGAUUUAAUGUUACUUGAAAUCCUCUUGGAAGAACUCCUGAAAGGUUCACUGCCUUCAGUUAUUUCAUCUUUUGGUCUCGGCGACUUGUGGCAGUAGUUCAGGCUUGGGACAGAGGAACUGGUGUUAAUGGGGGCGAGGAUAGGGAGCUGGUUAACUCUACUGUGAAAUUAGAGUUUGAUUGCAGUGCUAGACAAUGACUGACCUAUUUUUUUUUAAUAACAUCAUUCUCUUGAAAAACGUAACUGGUAAAUUGAAGAUCCUGUUGCUUCUUCACAACAAGAUGCACACCUACUGUCACAUAUCCAAAGGUUUUUUUUCUUGACUGAAACCAGGGAUAAUUGUUCAAAAAACUCUAUAAUAGGCUUUUUUAUGUUAAUGUAGGUAUUUGCAACAAAUGGACUUCUGCAGAUGUGAAACUUCAGUUUUGAUAUAUGCAACCACUAUUGUGAGGUUUUUUUGAAGGCAGUACUCUUGGUUUGUCCUUCCUCUGAAGGUCCUCAGGACAGCAAUACAAGUGAUGUGCAAUAUGUAUGCUUUUACUGACUUGGGGCAAUUUUUUAAAGUCACAUGUCACAGUGCUGUUUUAAAUUAUAUUUUUAGAGAAUUGUUUUUAAGGGUAUUUUAGGGUGGAGGGGAAAAACUAGCCUGCAUGCUAAUGUGUGCUUGUGUAACUGUGUCUGAGAAUGCAACUUUUAGUAUUAAUUUCUUCCGUUCAGCAGGUUAGAGGAAUCUUCUUGUUAUUUU